ACGGGAUGGGUGGUAUGUCAGUGUCGAUCGGCCGCAGUCAGGCGUUCACUUUCAGUAAAGCCGUGGAUAGGCAUAUAGUUUUAAAGAAGUUAUAUCCGAUCGUUCGCUUUUCUAGUAAAGCCUUAUGUAUUAAUGAGUAGCCCUGAUAAUCUACUAGAACCACUUCUCCCAGCUAUGCUUUCCAUAAAUGUCAGCUCCAGGGCACCCCAGGAGUAUCCCCAGGCACUGCUUGAACCCUGGGUGUUGGCGCAGACUAAGUUUGCUGUUCAGUACUCAAAGCUGCGAUUAGAGGAGGUCAGUUACUCAUCAGCUUGGCUGUUUUGGGGUGCCUGGCGAUCUCUCAGCCGCCUGUGCAGUUUUGCUCUCUUCUGCUGGUGGCACCAGUUUAUGCAGUUCUUUGAGGCGUGCAAUGCAAUAAAUCCCUGUUUUAUUUGUGUGGUGUCACGGCGCAUGAAAAUGGUAUUCGGUAGUCUCAACAUGAGGUAUAGAUUGAGACAACGGUUACUGCCUUGGCUCGGUGGUUUUGAUGUGUACAUAUUGUACCACACAGCAAAAAUGGGAAGAUUAAACCUCACCAAUGUGUUAGAUUCAUUGUACGAUUGGUAUUUAUCAUACCUGGCUGUACGUAAAGGACAUGAACGUGUCAUAAUCCUUCUGGAUGAUCUCCAUGAUCCUGAAGCAGCUAAGCAGACUAUUGAGGAAAACCAACCUACAGCAGUGAAGUGCUCCGGAAAUAUAUUCUGUUUUAAAUCUAGAGGAGAACAUGAGAGUGACAUUUGGAACAAUACAGAAAUGAAAAGAUUUGAUCAUUAUCUGGAGCAGAUUUUUUUAAAUCAGAACAAAAAUUAACUAUGAAUUCUUGUGAAAAUGAAAGAGUACAUAAAAACACUGCACUGCUUAAAAUGCAUUGUCUGUUUAUAGAAACAGAACGCAAGUGAAUUAUAAAUUGCUGCUGGUACUGUAAGUAACUUCCUAACUCAUGCUGCAAGAUGGUGCUUCACUGUUUUUCCUACAGUGGAGAGAUGUAUACAAAAAACCUGCAACAAAGACAAAUGAUUGUUUUCCAUUACAUUUAAUAGUUUUUGUCUUAACUGCAGUACAACUAAAGCUAGUUACUCUAUAAGAACCUUAAAACUUCCUAUUAGUGUUAUUGUUUUCUUUCCUGAGAAAUUGUCUGUACACCUGUGUUACUUUACAGUCUGUUGAUAAAUAAACUGCAGUAACCCUGAAGGGUGCUGUGUUACUCAUUUGCAA